GUGACGGAGGCGGAAGUGCGGCGCGACGGAACUCUACUUACUUACACACUGCAUCUGAAUACACGUUACUUUUACAACAUUUGGUUCAUUAAACCACAACCUCGCUUCUAUUCGACGUAUGUUUGAGCCCUGUAGGAUGUUACUGGAAGAGACGCCACUGUUUGACCCCUCUCUGCUCCAGGAGCUGGACUGGAGCAGCAGCAAGGUAUCCUUCUCGCCCCCCAUCUCACCCUUGGAGCCUGGAGAUGGCCUCGUCCUCCGUCCUCUCCGCCCCGCUGACUUGGACAAAGGACUGUAUAAGGUUCUGUCGCAGCUCACAGUGGCAGGAGACGUCACAAAAGAGCAGUUCAGAGCAAAUUUUGAACACAUGAAGAAAACGGGCGAUUAUUUCGCCAUUGUGGUUGAGGACACAAACUUGGGACAGAUUGUUGCCACGGCAACCCUCAUCAUAGAGCACAAAUUCAUCCAUUCAUGUGCAAAGCGAGGGCGUGUUGAGGAGGUGGUGGUCAGCGACGUCUGCCGAGGGAAACAGCUAGGAAAACUGCUCGUCGUGACGUUGACUCUGCUUAGCAAAAAACUGCAGUGCUACAAGAUCACACUGGAGUGUGCACAGAAAAACGUGGAAUUCUACAAGAAGCUGGGUUACAUGCCCACAGAGGAGACGUACAUGCAGUGUCGCUUCUUUGACUGAGUCCUCGAGGGGUGUUACAGAGCAUGCAGCUCCGGAUGUACAUCAGCUCACAGCGACUGUAUGCUCGGUUUACUUUGCUUCUGUAGCAUUUUCCUCAAGAACGAGCAGAGGUAGUCGGGGGGGACAAAAAAGAAAAAAUCAUCUCUAUAGCAUGAUGGAUUUCGUGUUGAGAAAUAUGAAGUUGCAGUCUCUAACAAAUGACGGGAUCUUCUGCAAUUAUUAGUCAUUUAUGCUGGAAGUUAUCUUUUAAAAAGAAGGUACUUGAAUAUUUUCUAAAAACAGAGGUAUACUUUUCUAUUUGAAUCUACAUGGUAAUUUAUAUUUUAUGUAUAAUAAAUAGCACCAAAAUAUUCUCUGAGGGAGAAAGGCCAGUUUGGCAAAUUGUUGCAGCAACGACUUGAGUGCGUUCCAUGUUUUCACACACACAAAAAAAACAAUUCUCACACUACAUUAUCACCUAUGUGGUUGAUCAACCAAGUUUAGUUUUGCAUGUGAGCCAUGAAGUAAAUGUAGUUAACACAUUGCACAUAUUUCACUUUAUGUACAGAUGGUGCUCCUGUGAACUACCAUUACCUGUUAGCUAUAUUAGCCUUGUCACAGCAGUGCACAGCUAAAAAUGUUGAACACUACACAGGCUUGGGCUUAAUUUCUGCUCCUGUACUGGGAUCAGACUGCACAAUGUUUUUGUCCAUUAUGAUGGUUACUGUCACAUUUGGAAAUCAUAGUGCCAAAAAGUCUUGCCGUGUCUUGGUCAGGAGACUGGCUCCCCUGCAAGUUCAUAUCCAGAUGCUACAUGGCUGUUCUUUGGGUAUGACACUGAAAAUUUGUCUGGCACAAAAUUUUUUAAAUGGGGCUGAAUUUGUCUCAUCUGAUCCUGGCAUUAUAAAUUCUAGUCCAAAAAAAAAAGCCUGGAUUACAGAUUCCACACAUUGUCACAUGCAGAACUGGAAACUGAUUGGAAUGAAUGUUAAAUGUGUUUGUCUGACUGUACCACUGGACAUGUGCUGAUAUCCCUUCCCAUCAUGGUAAACUCUUGGCAAUCUUAAUCCUGGUUUACAAGAUCACAGUAUUUAAAAAAAAAAAAAAUUGUGCAAUUUUUUGAUACUUUUACCAUGCAUGCUGAAUAUCUAAUGAGUAUCAGCACCUGUCCAGUCCAAAGGGGAAUUUUUAUUUAUUAGUAGAAAGUGGAAAAUAAACUGAUUCAUUGUUAGUGUAGCAGUUGACCAACUUUUAUAUCAAAUGUAAAAACUGAUCAGUUUACUGUAUAAUGCAGCAUAUAACUUAUAGUAACUGCUCUGAAAGGGGGGAAAGUUAUUUUUGAAGUUCAAUUAAAGCACUUUCCUCACA